AUGUUAGGGGUCUUUUCCAAACGUUUUGCCGUUUUUAUGACUUUCUUCUUCAUUCGUGAUAUCAUUUCCCUUAACGUGAAUUUGCAUUUUAAGAGAAAUGAAACUUUCAAAGAUCUGCUUCCAAGUACUGCAUAUGUUAGUUACAUAGAAACAAAGAAUGACCUUAGUGUGUUCGAAUGUGCUGGAAGCUGUGUAUAUUGUGCCGGAUUUCUAUAUCACAGUGAGUUAAGAACUUGCCCGCUACUGGAAACCCUUCUCAACGAGACAAGUUUUAACAGUAGUCAUCGAGAUGUAGGAUGGGAGCUUUAUGAAAGUGUUAAUGUCUGCGGUUUGGGAUGGCAUCUCUACAAAACGCAUUGCUAUAAGUACUUGGACUUGAAAGCAACAUGGGCAGAAGCAAAGGAGCACUGUUACAAAACCGAAGCCUAUCUUGUUCAAAUAGAAUCAAGGGAGGAAAACGAAUGGAUAAAAGAAAAUCUAUUACCAGCAGACCCCGAAUUAUGCUAUGAUAGCACGACAUACAGCUGUUGUGAUACGUGGAUCGGAGCCAGUGACCAAGUUAAGGAGGAAGUGUUCCAGUGGACAAACAAAGAAAACGUGGUAUUCACAAACUGGAAGCCAUAUGAACCAAACGACGCCAAUGGCAAUGAAGAUUGUGUUUCAUUGUGUCGUGAUGGUCAGUGGAAUGAUAACAUUUGUAACAAAACUUUCAACAUCAUCUGUGAAAGAUAUGUUUUUGGUUAAUCUAGUUUUUAAUGAAGUCUUUGUAGCCGCAGGAAGUUGUUGCAGGCUAUAUAACUCGUAUUAUUACCUACGGCAAAAAGGCGGUCGUUGAAAAAAAAAGGAAAGUUUCUGAUGUGAUGUAUAGUAAUGUUCUAUUUUGUAGAAAUAACCAUGUGUUUAUGCAGUACUAUUGUAAACUGGUCUCGUUUAGCUAGACUUGUUGUUUACGCAACAGAGAGGGUGUCUGAUUAAAAGUAACUAAAUAUGAAUUUUAUCAUGAAAAAAUGAAAUAAAAUGUGGUAGUGAAAUAAAUAAUGAUAGUGUUACUUGUGCACUUCAACCAUAUUUUUAAUGAAAGAAUUCAACUAAUACACCCACAACGAUCAAUUUCUAUUCAAAGUUCAUAUUAUAGACAAAAUAUAGAUUAUUGGUAAAAUGUUUCUCUCUAAUGUUUAAGAACAAUACAACUUCA